GCAGCAGCAGCAGCAGCAGACUAUAUUAAUAACAGUGUUGGCAGUCAACACCAAACCAAGGGCCGCGGAUUAAUUGACACAGCGGCGACAGCAUGAAGCAAAGCGUUGACUUUGCACUUGCCAGCAGCAGUGACGACGAUGAUGGCCUCAAUCAAUCAUUCAUGGCUCAUACGUUGCCAAAUGCCAGGCCCAGUCUCGGUCCGAGUCCCAGCCCCAGCCCGGAGCUGUUGUUGCUGCACAAUGACAAAUUCCUAACACAUGUCGCCCAAAUGCUCAACAUGACGACCGAGAAUCUAACAAAUCUGCUAACGGCAAAUAGCACAAAUGGCACAACGGCAACGGCAGCGGGGACAGCGACCACAACUAUCGCAGACAACUGGGAGGAGUCGCCUACGCUGCUCAUUUUCCUAACUAUUUGCUAUGCCCUAAUCUUUGUGGCCGGCGUGCUGGGCAACCUGAUCACCUGUAUUGUCAUUUCGCGAAACAAUUUCAUGCACACGGCCACUAACUUCUAUCUGUUCAAUUUGGCCGUCUCCGAUUUGAUUCUGCUCGUCGCAGGCAUACCGCAGGAGCUAUACGAUCUGUGGUGUCCCGACUCGUACCCCUUCACGGACGGCAUCUGCAUCAUAGAGAGCGUACUCUCCGAAAUGGCAGCCAACGCCACGGUGCUAACCAUCACGGCGUUCACCGUGGAGCGCUACAUAGCCAUCUGCCAUCCGUUUCGGCAACACACCAUGUCCAAGUUAUCGCGUGCCAUCAAAUUCAUCUUUGCUAUUUGGCUGGCGGCCUUCCUGCUGGCCCUGCCACAGGCCAUGCAGUUCUCGGUGGUUAACCAGGGCGAUGGCUACUCCUGCACGAUGGAGAACAACUUUUACGCGCAUGUUUUCGCCGUCUCGGGCUUUAUAUUCUUCUGCGGACCCAUGACGGCGAUCUGUGUGCUCUAUGUGCUGAUUGGCAUGAAGCUGAAGCGUAGCCGUUUGCUGCAGUCGCUGCCGAGGCGCGCCUAUGACGCGAAUCGUGGCCUAAACGCGCAAAGUCGUGUCAUCAGAAUGUUGGGAUUACAAUUUUCAAAGUACAAAAAAAAAUGUUUAGCUGUAGCCGUUGCCUUUUUUCUCUGCUGGGCGCCCUUCCACGCCCAGCGCCUGAUGGCUGUCUAUGGCGUUUCGCUGAUUAAUGUCUGCCGCUGUCGCGAUGCCUUCAACGACUAUUAUCACAUACUUCACUACACAUCCGGCGUGCUCUACUUCCUGUCCACGUGCAUCAAUCCGCUGCUGUACAACAUUAUGAGCCACAAGUUCCGGGAGGCCUUCAAGAUUACAUUAACACGUCAAUUCGGUCUGGCCCGCAAUCACCAGCAGCACCAGUACCACCAGCACAACUACAGUGCUCUGAUGCGACUGCAGGGAUCGAUGCGGCUGCAGCCCGUCAGCUGCAGCAACAACAACAACGCCCUCGAGCCAUAUGGAUCGUAUCGUGUGGUGCAGUUCCGCUGUCGCGAUGCCAACCACCAGCUGUCGCUGCAGGACAGCAUUCGCACGAAUACGACAACCACAACAAUUAACAGCAGCAGUUUGGCCGCUGUCGGCGGUGCAGGAGCCAGCGGCAGUGGUGGUGCUGGUGGUGCAGCCGCUGCGGCUGGCAGGCGUCUACGCAAACAGGACCUGUACGCGACGUCGACGGGCAGCGCCGUGCCGCACCGCCUGCUGCAGACGCAGAGCUCGCGGCCAAGUGAUGCCAAUACGCACGCAUUGCUGGAUCCGGAAGUGGUUGAAGUGGCUCGCAGCCAUUGUGCGCCUGCACGUGCCAAACGCACGCUGCUGGCCACAAAUAACGGCGCGUUGCUGGUGGCAACCGCCCAGUCCGCAGAGGAGCCGCCGCAGCCCGCCACGCGCCUCAAGCUGACGCGUGUAAUCAGCCGGCGGGACGAGCCUGGUCUGCCCGACCAGGAGGCGGCGAGCACGGCUACAAUGGGCGGGGGAGGCGGUGGGGCAGAGGUGAGCAAGUUUCCAUGGCGCAAGAAGCGCAAGAAGCAAAACGCGGCCAACAACAAUGAAACGGUCAAUGGCAGAACUGGCUAUGCCACGCCCAAGUCGCUGUGA